CUCCCAGUUUCGCGUCUUCCAGCCCGACGCGCCCGCUAUAAUCACGUGAUUGCCUCAUCCGGGUCUUUUGCGUUCUCUCCCUCUCCCAACAUGGCGGCCUCAGCGAAAAAGAAGAAUAAGAAGGGGAAGACUAUCUCCCUAACAGACUUCCUGGCCGAGGAUGGGGGGACUGGUGGAGGAAGCACCUAUGUUCCCAAGCCAGUCAGCUGGGCUGAUGAAACAGAUGAUCUGGAAGGAGAUGUUUCAACCACUUGGCACAGUAACGAUGAUGAUGUGUAUAGAGCACCUCCAAUUGACCGUUCCAUCCUUCCCACUGCUCCACGGGCUGCUCGGGAACCCAAUAUCGACCGGAGCCGUCUUCCCAAAUCACCACCCUACACUGCUUUUCUAGGGAACCUGCCCUAUGAUGUGACUGAAGAUUCCAUUAAGGAAUUCUUCAGAGGAUUGAAUAUCAGUGCAGUGCGUUUACCACGUGAACCCAGCAAUCCAGAGAGGUUGAAAGGUUUUGGUUAUGCCGAGUUUGAAGACCUGGAUUCCCUGUUCAGUGCCCUGAGCCUCAAUGAAGAGUCUCUAGGUAACAGGAGAAUUCGAGUGGACGUUGCUGAUCAAGCACAAGAUAAAGACAGGGAUGAUCGUUCUUUUGGCCGAGACAGAAAUCGGGAUUCUGACAAAACAGAUACAGACUGGAGGGCCCGUCCUGCCACAGACAGCUUUGAUGACUACCCACCUAGAAGAGGUGAUGAUAGCUUUGGAGACAAGUAUCGUGAUCGUUACGAUUCAGACCGGUAUCGUGAUGGAUAUCGUGACGGUUAUCGUGACGGCCCACGCCGGGAUAUGGAUCGAUACGGAGGCCGGGAUCGUUAUGAUGACCGAGGCAGCAGAGACUAUGAUAGAGGCUAUGACUCCAGGAUAGGCAGUGGCAGAAGAGCAUUUGGUAGUGGGUACCGCAGGGAUGAUGACUACAGAGGAGGCGGGGAUCGCUAUGAAGACCGAUACGACAGACGGGAUGAUCGGUCAUGGAGCUCCAGAGAUGAUUACUCUCGAGAUGAUUAUAGGCGUGAUGAUAGAGGUCCCCCCCAAAGACCCAAACUGAAUCUAAAGCCUCGGAGUACUCCUAAGGAAGAUGAUUCCUCUGCUAGCACUUCCCAGUCCAGUCGAGCAGCUUCCAUCUUUGGAGGGGCAAAGCCUGUUGACACGGCUGCUAGAGAACGGGAAGUAGAAGAACGGCUACAGAAGGAACAAGAGAAAUUGCAGCGUCAGCUGGAUGAGCCAAAACUAGAACGCCGGCCUCGGGAAAGGCACCCAAGUUGGCGAAGUGAAGAAACUCAGGAACGGGAACGGUCGAGGACAGGAAGUGAGUCAUCACAGACUGGGACCUCCGCAACAUCUGGCAGAAGUAAGUCAGAUCAGGAUGCACGAAGGAGAGAAAGUGAGAAGUCUCUGGAAAAUGAAACCCUCAGUAAGGAAGAAGACUGUCACUCUCCAACUUCUAAGCCUCCCAAAUCUGAUCAGCCUCUAAAGGUAAUGCCAGCCCCUCCACCAAAGGAGAAUGCUUGGGUGAAGCGAAGUUCUAAUCCUCCUGCUCGAUCUCAGAGCUCAGAAACAGAGCAGCAGUCUCCUACAAGUAGUGGUGGAAAAGUAGCUUCAGUUCAACCAUCUGAGGAAGGACCAGCAAGAAAAGAUGAAAACAAAGUAGACGGGGUGAGUGUCCCAAAAGGCCAAAGUGGGAACUCUGUCCGUGGUCCAGGAGAUGGAGGGAGCAAAGACCACUGGAAGGAGUCUGAUAGGAAAGAUGGCAAAAAGGAUCAAGACUCCAGAUCUGCACCUGAGCCAAAGAAAACUGAAGAAAAUCCAGCCUCUAAGUUCAGUUCUGCAAGCAAGUAUGCUGCUCUCUCAGUUGAUGGUGAAGAUGAAAACGAGGGGGAAGAUUACACCGAAUAAACCUCUACAUCCUAUGCUUUCUCCUAGUCUCACUCCAUCCUGGAACAUUCGAGAGCAAAUCAAACCUCUAUCCAGACAAGACAAAAUAAAACACACCAUCUCCUGGAGACCUUUCUUAACUUUUUUUUAAAAAAAAAAAAAAAAUGAAAUUCUUCUGCAUGCUGCUGCAGCCUUUAAAGUAUUGAACUAACUGGAGAAUCACCAUUGUAGCCAGAGAGAAAGAGGUGUACAGCCUUUAAAGGAAAAGUUGUUUGCUUUGAUGACACCAUGCAGUUGCUUGUAUGAUUGGUGCCUAGGGACCUCCAUUUAGCAGAAAUGGUAAUGAUGGUGAUUCGGUGUGUGGAAUCUGGUUGGACAGUAGGGCAGGUAUAAGGAAGAGUGUGAGAUUUCUACCUUUUAAUUCUUAAUAUCCUAUUGUAGCAUAUAUGAAUUCUGAAACAUCUAAAUAAAUUUUCCAUCCUUGGAAAGAUAGGUUAAAUAGUCUCUGAGGUCGUUUUAGUCUCCAGAAGGCUGCUAGCCCCUCUUCUUAUUUAAUUCUGAGCUUUUGGGGCCAGCCUAGGGGGAAUUCCUUCAUUUUUACCCCCCAGGGGGGUAGUUGGGAGUAAGUCCACAGGCCAUGAAAGAAUAGGACUUCUCUGUGACCGAAAUAAAUGGGAAAGAUGUGGUUUGAAAAGAAGCUUUGGGAGGUGAUGAAUUAUUUUGCGCCAGGUAAUAGGGAAACGGUAUGCCCUCCAAUAAACACAUACAUGUUUACUUCCUGGAGCAGGGAGCACUUAAAAGUCAUGGGAAUUCCCAGGUCUUUUAUGUGUCCUGAUUUUGUCCUUUCUAAACACUAUCCUAUAUACCCAAAUUCUUUGAAACCUUGAAGCUUUAAAAAUUUAGUCUCAUCAUUGAUUGUCCUGUGUUUCUCAUACUCCUCUUUACUAUCAUCUCCCAUGAAACUAGCUUCUAUUUAAGUCACGUACCUAAUCUCUUAGAUAUUUUCUCUCUCGGCCACUGGGAGCUGUCAAAUGAGGAAUCACUGCUUUUCUCAAGCAAAUUGGCUCCUUGAAGUCUUGACUCCAUCCAUUCCUGCUCCUGCUUCUUUGACCCCUUUUACAGGUCAGAAAACUCCAGGAUUAAUGGUCUUGGGUGGUGAAUUAGGGUGGAUAAAUAGGGACAGUUAAAUUGGGAGUGUUUUCUUCCAACCUUGAUUGGUUUAUUUUUACUUUAUUUUUUACAAGUUUCCUCCUAUCUCUACUGAAAUCCCACAGUUUGGAUUUGUAAUGUGGCCUAGACCAAUGUGUGUGCGUGUGUUUUUUUUUUGCUUUUUUUUUUUUUUUUUUUGUGAUUCCCUUGAGAGCAUAAAUGAUGGAGAGAACUAUUUAACAAGGUCCUGGUUUCUCUUGAAACAAAAUAGUUUAACUUGCCUGCUUUUAUGUGCACCUUUUAUAGGGUUCAGCUUGGUAGGUGGUGUCCCUCCCACCAUGGGCAGUAUUGGUACCUGCAGAGAAAUGACACUGUGGUCUCUUGUUUGCAAGCCUUUCUAGCAUCAGUCCUAGGUUAGACCCUUUCCAGCCAUGCAGGGUGUUGGUUCGCGUGUGCUGCGGCAGUGGGCAUAAUGAAUCAUUUACCCAGUGGACAUAAAAUAUAUUCUUAGUGAAUUCAUUUUAAGUAAUUGGCAUGGAUUGGCUAGUAGCUAGGAAAUGGGCUUUUAGAGAAAGAUACCCAAGGGUGAAAGGUUUUUGGUUGGUUUUUGUUUUUUUUUUUUUUUUUUUAACUAUUUGCUGUAGAUGAUGAAAAGGUAGGGUUUGCCCUCUUCAUGUCUACUCUUCCAAAUAUAUCCAAAACUGUUCCCAUUCCCCUACCCUCCCCCCCCUGUUAAAACAGAAACCGGGAUUGAUUUAUGUCCAGCUCCUGAAUACAUGUAAAAUUUGUACAAAAAUAUCUUAUAUGAAAAUGAUUUGUAAUCUGUAGACUUAAUACCUGGGAGAUGUCUUGAGAUGUAAAAUACCCAUCCUUUGGGUUGUGGGUUUUUUGUUUUCUCCAAAUAAAUCUGAUCUUUAAAGUUCA